AUGUGGCAGUCCACAGCUGACUACAGACACGUGGUCGCUCUCCGCCAAUGGGACGGUGCCAAGAUAUGGGAACUCCUGGGCGAUCUGAUGGACGAAGAUGAUCAUGCACUCAUAUUCGAAGACGUUGAGAUCCAAAACGCUGCCGAUGUUGAACACGUGUGCUAUCUCACGGCCACAAGAGGGGUUGUGGUGGACUUAGUCGCAUUGGAGCUAUACGCCAAUUUCCAACGCGCACGUACAGCUGCACCGUACGUUACCAUUGACUGCGGUAGCGGCGCCAAAGCCCCCGCAGCCCCAGGGCCAAUCCGAUUGGCGUACGACCACUUUCUGGUGGCUGAUGAUGGGCUGCUCAGCUCACUGCGCAGGUUCCACCGAUACAACAUGGGGUAUGGUUUGUGUUGUGGUGAGGUGAUCGUAUAUGGCUUGUCUUGA